AUGUACCCUGAUGAAGAUACAUUAUGCGCAAAUGUGCAUAACAAGAUGUGGUACGUGCCUAAUGUAAAUGUGCGCUUAGUCCCGUACGGGGCUCGUCCACGACCUUCCGAGGACGCCUCGGUGUCGAUGACUCGUCCGGAGCUUGCGCAACUUGCAGAUGGUCGUAUGAAAUGCCUCCUUGAAAAUUCUCCUUGUAAACUGCAUUUCACCAGUUAUAAGACAGGGCAAGGUGACUUUACAUCGUCGUCGUGUGAUGUGCGACUGAACGUGACGAAGAACAGUGAUUACAGCCGCAGCCUCAACCGUUUAUCAGCAAAUAUGGUGAGAGGGGCGGCGUUAGCGCUAGUGCUGGCGCUGGCAUGGGCGUGUGAGACGCGCGCCAGUGUGCUUGUGCCUACAUACGUCCUGCCGCCUGAUUCGUUCGCGCGCGAUCAGCGCAGCCUCAGGGUGCCGUCAGACACCGAUCACGCCGAGUCCCAACGGACCAUUAAACGACUCGUCGGUGGUCAUAUGAAGAUUAAAUCAGAUAAAGAGUAUAGUUCUAUUAAAAAUGCCAUAACGUUUGACGGUAAGAGCGAAUCGGGUAAAUUUGUAGGCGUGAUCACGCCGGACCAGUCAGGCGGCAAUGUUGGCUGGAACCAAGGAAUAUGGGACGAUGGCAUGCUCAUGUCUAGUGCCGGCGAAGGGAAAGACGCUCCUAAGAUGAAAGAAGAAGAAGAAGACAGGAAAACUUUGGCAGAUCAAGUGGCCGAAGGAAAAUAUGGUCUCAUACAGGAUGAAAUUUUUGCUAAAUCACCUAAACGACCUGGAAUCGUUAGUUACGAGCCUAAUUCUGAGACAAGAACAAAAGAUAAUCUUUUAAGUUUAGGAGGCCUUAAAAAGGAUGAAAUAUGGCUUGCCGAGGAUCAUUUAUUAGUCUUAAAAGGUGGAUCAUUUCCUGAACGAACACAAGAAACUGAAGGCAGACCCUGGCCACCGAUCGAUAACUAUGAAGCGCCUAACAGGCAAGUAAAGUUACCGCAAAAACCAAAAGUGCCACCGCCCUUUCCGGUACGACUCUCCGACAACGGACCGCUCGUUUUCCUCACGCCAAACGGCAGUAUCCCUGCGUCCUUAUUCCCUUCCUUCUUUACAGGAGCGGGCGAAGGCCCUCUACCUCCUACGCCAUUCCUCUUUCCAUCGGGCGCGCCCUACCCCUCAAGUGAUAAUCCGGAAAACAUUACUUCCGGGGGAGCACCGCAGCAAGGUCCUCCGUUCACAUUCCUACCCGUGAAUGCGAGCGAAGGAGCAUUCCACUUCCCUCCAACUACGAACGGCUCUUUUCCAGAAGGCUUUCCACCGGGCGCAGUGUUCCUACCACCACCGAGCAACCAGUCCGACCUAUACGACGAAGACGACCCUUCGAUUUAUUAUCCGCCGCCUUACAAUUUUUCCUACCACGCCGACUACAACAAUAGAGUGCCUGCUGGCCCACUUGUGCCGGGCAUAGUACUACCACCACCUCCAGAUUUCUUCGCACCGUUAGAUGAAACUACAACGGAGCCCGUAAGAACUACAUCUAAGCCAUCAACAACAUACACGAGGACAAAGACUACUUCCAGACCAACCACCACACACACAAUACAUCGUAACAAGUACAAGACACGCCCUACAACAACCGAGUCAGUUACAACAACUGAAAUACCGUCGACUAUUACAACACCAUCUGCUGUCGAAAUCGUUACUUCGCCGAAAACAAGGAAACCACAACGCAUACCUACAAGACAACGCGUACGAAUUCAGAACUUGCCAGAAGAAAACACUACAAGGCCAAAAGCAGAAAAACCUGUUUAUAAAACUAGAACGAAAGUUACCUCAAAACCUCUCUCCGUGUCUGUUAUUUACGAUUAUCCACAGCCAGAGUAUAACGAAAAAAUACCGACAACGUCAGAAAAACCAUACAUUUUGUACAACGUGCCACAUAAAAUACCAGCAGUUACUGCUAAUGAUAUAACGUCGACACAAGUGCCACUGAGGGCUCAUUACUCGAAUGUACAAAAUGUGCCUACUACAAAACUACAGCCCGUAUACAAUAACAGAAAACCAAAUGAGAAUAAAUUCGAGUCAUUCUAUUUUUAUGACGAACAACCAAAAUCAUCUCCCUCACCGGUAUCGUACUUUGACGGAAGAAAUUAUUACAAGACAGUCCCAGUUAGUCAACCGAACUAUCCGGAACAACAAAAUAUCAACACACAGUCUGGAUUUUCUCCAGCAGUAGAUGUCUCAUUCGGUGGUAUUGAUCAAGCUGACGCGCUUUUCUUAUGGCCACAAAAACAGGGACCUCGUACGCUAACACAAGAAUACUUUAGUAUACAAAAACCGAAGCUACAACCUGUGUACGUGCAACAGCCGAAACAAAGGCCAGAUGCUUUCUAUCAACAAAUCGCUGAUAUACAACAAACGAUAGAUUUCUUCACAACGAAGAGACCUAAAACGCAUUCCCAUAGACCAAACACUCAUAAGCCUAAAGCUAUCACAUCUAGACCGGUAUAUCAGUUCAGUUAUCAAACUCAGCCAGAAGACCUACCGUUCCGUGCGCCAAAAUUAGAUCCUGAACCUUUUAGACCUAUGGUCAGCUAUAGUAAACCAUUUAAUACGGUCAACGAUUUCAACGCUAUAACGCCAUCAGUGACACCUAGCUACCACCAACAAUAUUUAGUCGAAAAUGUUCAAGUAACGACUGAAACGCCAAAUAGAUAUUACCCUACAGCAAAUGUACACGAUGACUACUAUGGAGACGCUCAUAAUCACAAUGAUCACAAUAGAAAUAAGAAAAAUAGAAAUCCAAUUCCAAUACAAAGUGACCAACCCGUGCCUGUACUUGUGACGAGAUUCCCCAGCACCACACCGAAUCCUGUACAUCAAGGAUAUUACACCAAGCAAGAUGAGACGUACUUUGACGACAUUACAAAGAAUUCAUUCGAUGUAUUCGGCAAAAAACUAGAGGACAACACUCACGACGUUAACGGAUUGGCAGUUACGGCACCACUUGAUACGGUGAGAACGCCAAUAGACAACAACAUUAAUCUUCACUACGAGAUUGUUGAAUCGCAAAGUCCGAAUCCACCAUCUCUCGAAAGAGACACUCUAGUGAACUACCAUCAGCCCCGGCCACAGAUUAACCCCGACAGCGAGCCUGUGCCUGAAGUUAACGCCGAACUAGUACAUCAGAAGCCACCAUCACUAGCGGAAGAUACUUUAGUCAACGAUCGCCUCCCGCGACCGACUAUUAAUCCAGACAGUGAAUUUAUCCCGAUACCAAACCCAGGUUACCGAACUCAGCAGCAGUACAGAGCCCCAAAUCGAGUGCAGAGGCCUAAGUUCACAGGCGAACAGUAUGAUUUAAACAGGCCUUCAUUAGGAGGUGACACAGCAGUAAACUAUAAGAGGCCACGUCCCUCAGUCAAUCCUGAGGCAGAAUGGAUAAGACCUGCUAAUACAGUAGGUGAAGGUCGACCAGGCUCCUUUGUGUCGUACCGGCUUCCUGGAGAGGGUGCGCAUGUAUACUUCCUGACGCCGCAAGCUGCGCAGGCGGCACGUGAGAGAUACAGAUCGCCCGGAUACGGACGAUGA